AUGGCCACAGCUGGAAAGGGCAGCAAGGCCAAGGGGGGGGCCCUGCGCUUCGCCCCUACUGCCCCCCCAGAGGGGACACACGUCCACUUUGAGGACAAACUGCACGACUCGCCUGUGAUGGUCCCACGGGAGAAGGAUGGCAGCUUCCUCGUCAAGGUGGGAUUCCUGAAGAUCCUGCACAAGUACGAGAUCACGUUCCUGCUGCCCCUGGAGCAGAGCCCUGGGCGGGACCUGUGUGCCCUCCCCGUGCCCAACCCCAACCUCCGUGUGCUCGCCAUCACCUCCCUGCCAGAAGGCCACAGCGUUCGGUGUGAGUACACAGCACACAGGGAGGGAGUGCUGAAGGAGGAGCUGGUCCUGGUAGGACAUGGGCAGGGACAGGGACACGGGCACGGACAGAUGCACGGACACGGCAUCAAGGUCACCGUCCAGGCACGGGUCAUGG